GUCGGGCAAGAUUUGGGGUCUACAAUCAUGUUGUUGCAAUGUACUGCAUGGGGUAGUACAAGCAAUGAAAACAAUUCAACUCGUCCUCGCAAGGAGAAGAGAUUAAUCUACAUAUUGAAUGAUUCUAAUGACACUAAGCAUUGUGCAGGCAUAAAUUGUUUAUCUUUUCUUAUGUCUGUAACAUUUGACAGGUCUGAUUAUCUCUUUACUAGGAGUCAUGAUGACAUAAUAAAGCGAUGGUUACUAG